AUGUCGAAGCAGCGUAGGGAAAGCGCCUUUGCGUUGGUGCAGCGGCUCAAGGCUUCUCCUGUUGGGCUGCUUCCGCCCAUCUUCCACAAUGCGACGGAUGGCGGCUUGCGGCAGAGCGAUGUCCUCGUCGUCGGCGGGGCUCCGGGCACCGGCAAGACGACGUGGGCGUACCGCCUCGCCGCGCAGCAUCUCAGCUGCGGCGGCGGCGUCACCAUUGUGUUCCUCCCUGGAAGCGGCAACUUUCAAAUGCGUCGCUUCAUGGAGCACCUCGAGACGUUUGCGGCGACGCCCGAGUCCUUUGCUCUUUCCUCGCCGUGUCAGUGCUCGGCUCAAGCGGCGGACGCCGCGGCGAUGGAGGCGCGACGCCAGGCUCUGCUUGGCGCGCUGGACCGCCUGGAGGCGGUGCACUGCCUCGACAUGAACGACUUCUUCGUCUACUGCAGCCACGCGGUUGCCAGUGCCUCCCCCAGGGCGGGGUCGCAGGAGGUGGCGGUUCCGCUGCUCCUCGUGGAGGGCGCUGGUGGCAAGGGCAGCUACCUGUAUCACCUGGAGCGAGCCAUUGGGCACGAGGUGCCGCUCUGCCAUUGGCUCCUCGACUGCCUCCAGCGUCGGAGGCGGUGUGCGCUUAUUAUCAUCGAGGAAUGGGGAUGCGAGGGCGUCGGCCCAAGUUGGCCGCUUGGCUCUACGCGGGAGGAGAACCCCUCCCCGUUUGUGUCGGUGGUGGAGGAGGAGUCUGACUUUCUGCAUCGCCUACAAAAGGAGACGGCGCAGAGGAAAGCUGUCGUGCGUCAGCACUUUGCAAAGCGGCAACGGGUUUCCUCUGCGACGCCCACGACUAAUACCGCCACUGUUCUCACUAUCGCCGGCACCAGCAGUGCCUUGAGCGCAACCGCCCCUGUGCCAAUGGCAGUAAAUUUGGGGACUGAGCUGCAUUGGCAAUUCGCGGGGAGCCGGCGGCUGUUCUAUCUUUGCACACAGAUGCUGCCCGUUGCAGCUCGCGGGGUCUCCCCUGUCGCACGUCUGUUACAGUGGCGUCCCACAGAACAAAGCACGCGUGGCGAAAACAACAACAACAAUGCCGCGGAACCCACAGAACCCAUGCGGCAGCAACGCUGGCGGCAGCUGCCCGAAGUAAGGACACGUCUGCGCGGAGAGGUUCUCUGCGCGGCGCAACUCUGA